AUGGCGUCCAGCAUCCCGAAGCCGCGGGCGUCUCUGACGGCAGCGCAAGGCUUGUCGCCCGUGAUGCGCGUUCCGCUGGGCAGUCGAGUCGUUCUCUCUCGUAGACGCAAUGGCACCGUCAGAUAUGUCGGCAAACUCGCCAACGAAUCGGGCGAAUGGUAUGGCGUGGCUCUGGACGAGCCCAAAGGCGACACCGACGGCACCCGGGGCAAGGAGCGAUACUUCUACUGCCCGACAAACCACGGCGUCUUCGUGCGACGGAAGGAGAUCUACUGCGUCAAAGAGCCCGGCAACAUUCUCAAGGGCCCACCGUCCCCCAUUACCGACGACAGCAGCAGUUGCAGCAGCAGUGCCUCCGCUGACCAGCACGCAGAAGGACAAGCCGCGCCUACAAACUCCGAUGGAUCGGCGUCGCCGUUGAUGAAAACCUUCAAGGGCUUCCGUAAACAGCUCGACUUUAUAUCUCUGAGAACAAUUGGGCCAGGCAGAAGCAGAGACGCGAGCCCAGCGACUUCGCCAGCAUCAAGCACGCCGCCGUCUCCUUCAGCGAAAUCGGGUCUGAGGCCACCGUCGCCGUUUCGACGCUUUUCAUCUUUUACUCAG